GGUAUCAUCUAAUCUCUCAUCAGAGUUCAGACCAAACCACAGAUAGACAUGGCCAUGCGCACGGCCUUUACAUUUUCUCACACAUCUUCUCUCUCUUCUCUCUUUCACUCCCACCCGGUUCUCCCUUCUCUCUCUCUCCUCCCAACUCGCGUAUCCUCCAAUUCAUUAACAUAUCAAUCUUCCCCAAGAUUCCAAUCUAACCAAGUUCAUUGCAGCAAGAAGGAAGCUACCUCAGAGUCCAAUCCCAAGGUCGGAAUCUCAGUUUACAAGCCCAAAUCCUACGAGGUUCUCGUCACAGACGCUGCCAUUUCUCUCGCUUACGCUCUUGAUGAUGGAAAGACCCGUCUCGAAAUUGAUUUUCCGCCUUUGCCUACCAACAUUUCUUCUUAUAAGGGAUCUUCAGAUGAGUUCAAUGAUGCCAACAUUCAACUUGCCUUGGCUGUUGUUAGGAAGCUUCAAGAAAGGAAAGCAACAAGAGCUUGCAUUGUGUUUCCUGAUAAGCCAGAAAGGCGUAGGGCCUCUGAACUUUUCAAGGCAGCUCUUGACUCGAUUGAUGGCAUCACCAUAGGUUCCUUGGAUGAUGUCCCCAGUAAUUCUGUCAACACAUUCUUCAAAUCUAUAAGAGACACCUUGGAUUUUGAUUUUGACGAUGAAAAUGAAGGUCGUUGGCAGUCCACCAUUCCACCAUCACUUUAUAUUUUUAUAAAUUGCAGUACCCGUGAACUUGCUGUUAUAGAGAAGUACGUGGAAAAUUUUGCUAAGACGACCCCCACCCUUCUUUUCAAUUUGGAACUUGACACAUUGCGUGCUGACUUGGGCAUUCUGGGAUUUCCAACCAAAGAUUUACAGUACCGUUUUCUUUCUCAAUUCAUUCCAGUGUUCUAUAUUCGAAUAAGGGAGUAUUCAAAGACAGUUGCAGUGGCACCAUAUAUUGUAAAUUACAGUGGAGCUUUGUUCCGCCAAUAUCCCGGGCCUUGGCAGGUUAUGUUGAAACAAGCAGAUGGUUCUUAUGCUUGCGUAGCAGAGAGUGCAACUCGCUUCACAUUGGGUGAAACCAAGGAGGAAUUGUUGAGGGUCCUGGGACUUGAGGAGGAACAAGGGAGCUCGCUUGAAUUUCUUCGAAGAGGCUACAAGAAUGCCACUUGGUGGGAAGAAGAUGUUGAUUUGGAGUUAUCUUCUGCAUGGCGUAGUUGAGCUGCAACAAUGGAAGCAGAAGCAGGAACUUCAUAAAAGUGAGACUUGCAGUUUUAACGAUCAGAGAAACGAAGCUGGAGCGGACAUGUUACAGUCACAGGUUUGAGUCAAUUUGUUAAUAAUAUUACGAUCUUUUCAUUUGUAAUACCAAUGCAUAUUCUGUAGCAGAUUUGUAUUUCUAGUGCAAUUUGAUCCUGUAACCUGGAACCUUUUGUAUUGCCCUAAGUUGAUGUAUCCGAGUAGAAAUACAUUUACUCUUAAUGCUCCACCUGGUUUGUAGCAGAUUUUAUAAGAAUAGGAAAAAUAAAUGCUGAAUUUGAAUUA